AUGCCUGACUUCGCCUUCCUCCCGGUCCCAAGCACGGAGUCUCAGAUCUCAUCACUCACCAGGGAGGAGAGAGUCGGAGGCCCCAGCUCCAAGCAUGAGCCAGCAGAGACCCGGCAGAGACCAGUGAGUGCACCUUCUAUUGGUUAUAUACCUGACAAUACUGAUCAUUACGGUGAGGAGAAGAUAACAAUGACACCAGGGAACUUUGCUGGUGAUUUCCUUAUGACAACAUUUGAUGAAUAUGAUGUGUCCUUUUACACUUCACGCAUAUUGUGUGUCUGCUCCGUGGACCCUCACAAUGGAACAGGCACUGUGGAAUUUCUGCUACUGGGACUCUCCGAUGACCCGCAAGUCCAGCCUCUUAUCUUCUGCCUCUUUCUGUCCAUGUACCUGGUCACCAUCACAGGGAACCUGCUCAUCAUCCUGGCCGUCAGCUCCGACCCCCACCUCCACACACCCAUGUACUUCUUCCUCUCCAUCCUGUCCACGGCUGACAUUGGCUUUACCUCCACCACGGCGCCAAAGAUGAUUUGGGAUAUUCUCACUCAGAGAAAAACCAUCUCCCAUGCAAGCUGCCUGGUACAAUUGUCUCUUUUUUACUUUUUUGGCUGUUUGGACUGUUCACUUCUCACGGUGAUGGCGUACGAUCGUUUUGUGGCCAUCUGUCACCCUCUGCACUACCCUGUCCUCAUGAACCCCCGCCUCUGUAGCCUGCUGCUUCUGGCGUCUGUUUGCGUCAGCCUGUUGGACUCCCAGAUACAUGUCUUGAUGAUGUUACAGCUCACCUUUUGCACCCAUGUGGAAAUUCCUCAUUUCUUCUGUGACCCCCCACAACUCCUAAAGCUGUCCUGUGAAGAUACCUCCACUGAUAACCUAUUAAUGUAUUUUAUCGCUGCUAUUUUUGGUGGAGUGCCAGUCUCAGGGAUCCUGUACUCUUAUUCCAGAAUCGUGUCCUCUGUUUUGAGAGUCUCUUCUAAAGGAGGGAGGUCCAAAGCCUUCUCCACAUGUGGCUCUCACCUGUCCGUUGUUUGCUUAUUCUAUGGAACAGCCUUUGGGGUAUACUUCAGCUCAGUUAUAUCUGAUUCCUCCAGAAAGGAGACAGUGACCUCAGUUAUGUACACAAUGGUUGUCCCCAUGCUUAACCCCUUCCUCUACAGUCUGAGAAAUAAGGACAUCAAGAGAGCCUUCCAGAAGCUUCUCACUUUAGCCUAA